GGCCGGGCGUCCCGACGCACCGUCCACGGGGCGCGCUUAAAAUAGCGGCGGCCUGCUUCGCGCUUGGCGCUUCGCUCCGCCACCAGACGCAGCAGCGGCCACGGCCUACAGUGACAGUGCGUGGAGGCCUCCGUACUCCCGCCGCGGAGUGAGUGCAGUGCGAGUGCGAAGUGCGCGAGGUGCGCGCCCUGCCCAGAGGGACCCGCGGGCCGAGCACCGAGCCGGCAUACGGUGCGCUGGAGCAACAAGUGGACCGCCAUGCACGUCAUCAACAAGGACGGGACGACGCCGCUGUCGCCGACCAGGGCGCCGCGGCCCAAGAUCACCCAUGACUACCCCGGCAGGAAGGCCAGCGGGCGGUCGGACCUGGCGCUCAGCAAGUUCAAGUGCAAAGAGAAUGGCGUGCAGCCGCUCGCCGUCACCAACGGCUCCACCACGCCGCUCGUCGAGCAGCCCGACGUGGACGAGGAGGCCGGCAUCUACGACCCCUUCAAGCACCGCCACCUGGAGCACCCCACCACCGACCUGGACACGCUGAUCCACUUGCUGAAGGGCAGUCUGGGCACGGGCAUCCUGUCCAUGCCGCUCGCCUUCAAGAACGCCGGCCUGUUUUUCGGCCUGUUCGCCACCUUCGGCAUCGGCUUCAUCUGCACCUACUGCGUGCACAUCCUGGUGAAGUGCGCCCACGAGCUCUGCAGGCGGACGCGGGUGCCCUCGCUGGACUUCGCCGACGUGGCUGAGACGGCCUUCUCCUGCGGGCCCGGCCCCGUGCAGAAGUUCUCCAGGCUGGCCAGGGCGCUCAUCAACACCUUCCUCGUGAUCGACCUGCUGGGCUGCUGCUGCGUGUACCUGGUGUUCGUCUCCAGCAACCUGCAGCAGGUGGUGAACCACUACACGGGCACCGAGAUGAGCGUGCAGACGUACAUGCUGUCCAUGCUGCCGCUGCUGGUGCUGCUCAACCUGAUCCGCAACCUCAAGUACCUGUCGCCCUUCUCCAUGGCCGCCAACAUGCUCAUCGGCACGGGCAUGGCCAUCACGCUGUACUACGUGCUGACCGACCUGCCCGCCGUCACCGAGAGGCCCUACUUCUCCACCUGGCAGCAGCUGCCGCUCUUCUUCGGCAACGCCAUCUUCGCGCUGGAGGGCAUCGGCGUGGUCAUGCCGCUGGAGAACAACAUGAAGACCCCGACCCACUUCAUCGGCUGCCCCAGCGUCCUCAACACGGGCAUGGCCAUCGUCGUGUCGCUGUACGUGUGCGUGGGCUUCUUCGGCUACCUCAAGUACGGCGACAUCACGCAGGGCUCCAUCACGCUCAACCUCCCCCACGACCCACUGGCCCAGUCCGUGAAGGUCAUGAUCGCCCUGGCCAUCUUCCUGACGUACUCGCUGCAGUUCUACGUGCCCAUGGAGAUCCUCCGCAAGGGCAUCAUCGACGUGCACUUCCGCAAGCACCCCGUCGCCACGGAGUACGUGAUGCGGGUGUUGCUGGUGUGCGCAACAGUGGGCAUCGCCAUCGCCAUCCCCAUGCUGGGGCCCUUCAUCUCGCUGGUGGGCGCCGUGUGCCUGUCCACGCUCGGCCUCAUGUUCCCCGCCGUCAUCGAGGUGGUCACGUUCUGGGACACGCCCGGUGGCCUGGGCGCCUACAACUGGAAGCUCUACAAGAACGCCGCCAUCUUCUCGUUCGGCCUGCUGGGCUUCGUCACCGGCACCUACGUCAGCGUGGAGGACAUCAUCGCCGAGCUCAACAAGACGCACACGUGAGCGGGGACGAGCUUGGUGUUGGCCAGGACGCGUGGCCGCUGCAGACCGCCCCCCCGCCACCGCGCGGACACUGUACGGGCACUGGAGGGGAGGCACCUCUCCAGGGGCGAACCCGCCGACUCGAAGAACUCCCCGUAUACUACUCUUGCAUGUAUUAUUUUAGUAUCGUUACUCUGCGCAUUCGACCGGAAUCCAACUAAACUGUCGCUGAGAGGAGUAGAGAAAGAAGGUCCUCUGACCUGUGAUCUGUAGGAUUACAAACCGUAGUUUUACACCGUGGCCGUCCCGUACGGCCAGGUCGAAUGGUGUGUGUGUGUUUGUGUGUGUGUGCGCGCGCGCUUGGCGCGCACCAGGUUCAAGUCCCAAUGCCUUGCGAGCUUUUCCAGCUUUUCCCGGCCUCCCUGGCCGGGCUGCGCCGGGGCUGGCAAAGAGGCCAAUUCAAAGAUCGGCAUGGCCGGGCAUGGCCGGGUAUGGCCGGGCAUGGCAGACACACCACCGCGAGAUUUGACGCAGACUGUGAUUAUCUGGUGCUUCCUUGUUUUAUUCAUAUUCAUAUAGUGUGUAGGACGUCAUGGAGGAGGCCCCCACCGGCCUCUGAAAUCGAUUCACGCGCUUCACGACUGACAGUGCAUUCCACGAAAGAAACAAAAACAUUUUAACCAAAUGUCUGGCAGUUAUUUUUGGGGGGAAUGAGGUAGUAGGAUGUGCCAUACGGGCGGGUCGAGCACUCAGAUAACGCUUGCUUUUUAUCCGUUGAUCUUAUGUUUUAUUGUAAUAUUGAAUAGCCGCCUUCAUUUUCAGCUUUCGAGGUAAAUAACACAAAUGCACUUCUACUAUCCCACCUCCGACGCCCUUCCCGUUAAUGCAUUUGAAUCAUAGAUUGGCUAAACAGACACAGGGAUUCCCGAGAGAAGAUAAAUGUCCAAAUGAUUGCAUUGGUGAAAAAAUAUGUGGCCGCAAUACUCCCUUCCCGGUUUGUUCCUGUGGUCCCACCCAAGGUUCCACCCCGCUCCAUCCCUCCAUUUCGCGACAACUCAUCCACCCACACUCGGCACACGAUCUGAUUUCUAACAAUGUCGCCGAGUUUCUUAGUCAUCCCAUCCCGUAUCGCGGAUUGUUUUUCACUGUGAUACUAGAGAAAGGAACAGUAGAUAAUAUUUUAUUUAUCUCUCAUUUUAGCAUAAGUUGCGAUAAAGCAGACGAUGAAUCUCUUAUUUUUCAUCAAAUCAUUAUUUUUACUCUAUACGGACUAGGCACGAACUUUGACUUUUUGUUGGUAAGCAAAACCUAAUUUCUUAUUACUGUAAUUUCGAACAUUGUCUUGAAAAGAGAAAGCACAAAUUGCUGCCAUCCCGAGGAUUCAUCUCUGACUUUAGGAAAUAGCAUAGCUGUGAAUACAUUUAGUAAAUUGAAAGGGUUGUGUCUGUUUGGAUUUCGGUCAAUGUCUGCAAUAUGUGAAUAAUUUAUAGAAAUCUUUUCUCGCAUUGCAAUUUACUAACAUCUUAUGAAAUUCCUUUCUCCAGAGGAAGGACGUUUCUCUUUGUUUAUCCAUCCACUCGGAUCUGUUAUGUUUUAGUUAACGGAAAAGAGAUGGGAUAUGUAUUAUUUAUUUAAUUUUUAAGGGUUUUCAAGUACCAUGUUAUUAUGUAUAUAUAGAUUCUACUAAAGUGAGAUUUUAGUAGGAAACUACCUACAAAUUAGUAUCAAUAGUAGUUUUAUGUACAAAGGAACCGACAGAUAUAAUUUGAAUAGAAAAGUCGACCUUACUGGUUUUUCUUUUACCCUUUUGUUUUAUGUCAAUUUAAAGCUCUAACUUCUCCCAUCGCCUCAAAAUAAUGUUUUGUUUGGAAUUUAUCUUACAUCCCGAAAAGGCAAGUUGCUUUGCCAUUAACAGAUUAAGACUAGUACACAGCUGGUCAAUGCAUCACAAGUUGUUUCAGUUUUUUGUGUCCCCUUCCUUUUCAAAAAGUGCUGUCAAAUGACUUCUGUACAUUUAAAUGUGAUAGUUCGAUUAUAGUGUAUGUAAUAGUGAGAAAAAUAGAGCUUUACAGUUUCAGACAUAUUUCAAAAUAGCCAUGAUUGACUUUGCAGAAUAAAUAAACCCCCCCCCCUAAAAAAGACAUGUUAAUCAAGAACGUUUGCCCAGGCAAGGCAGGGAAAAUGUUAAAUUUGUUUCCAAAGCAUGUAUUGCUGUUUUGAUUUGUUUUGUAUUUACAUUUUUAUUCGGUUAACUUCAAACAUCCUGUUGCAGCAAUUUGGUUUCAUGUGACCCUAGAAAAAUGUCUAAACCAGAUGAAAAACGUCUAAACAUGAGUUCAAUGUGUAUUACUUCUGCUCAUUUCUGUUAUUGUUUUUAUUUAGAUAGUAUCGAAGUGGUUUUUGUUGGACUUCCCCACUUUUAAAUUAAAAAAAUCUGAUGAUA